GUGUGUAUUCCAUCUCAUCGCUAAGCAACUUCCUCACUAUCUGUCCUCGAAAUCAGAUCAAAAACUCCCUCUUAGUCCAUAGUUUUAUGAGUUCCUCACUUCUGACACCUUCUGGUACGAUCCCCACCACUGCGGUUGUCCGGUCAGUGUUACCCAAAGGAUAUUCCCUGCCCUCUGUCGGCAUGACAAGUCCCAACAGCAAGCCGACAUGUGUCACCUCAUGUUGCUCCCCUGUGUCCACAAAGGCGGCAACUAGUGCUACUGACCUCAAACCCGUCGUGGAACGGUGGCCAGAGUACAAACCGAACAAGCUCCCCGAUAAGAAAUAUGUGCGUGUAUUGGAUACGACGCUCCGUGACGGCGAACAAUCUCCCGGUGCAGCCCUUACUCCACAGCAAAAGCUAGAGAUUGCCUGGCAACUAGCCAAACUCCGAGUAGACAACAUGGAAGUUGGUUUUCCGGCGUCGUCUAGUGAAGAGUUAGAAACCGUCAAAACCAUCGCCAAGACUGUGGGGAACAAGGUGGAUGAGGAAACAGGUUACCUCCCGGUGAUAUGCGGCCUCUCACGAUGCAAAGAGACAGACAUCAUGGCGGCUUGGGAGGCAUUGAAGUAUGCGAAGAGGCCGAGGAUAAUCUUAUUCAUAUCUACCAGUGACAUUCACAUGAAAUAUAAGUUGAAAAAGACUAAAGAGGAAGUGAUCGACAUGGUCACGAGUAGUAUUAGGUUCGCUAAAAGCUUAGGCUUCACUGACAUCCAACUCGGUUCCGAAGACGGCUGCAGAACGGAUAAGGACUUUCUAUGUAAGCUUUUGGGAGAAGCAAUAAAAGAGGGUGCAUUGACGGUGGGAUUCGCGGACACGGUUGGUAUUACCACGCCGCAAGAAAUUACAGAACUCUUGACCUACCUCAAAGAAAACACUCCUGGAAUUGAGGAUGUUGUCUACGGUGUCCAUUGUCACAACGACCUAGGCCUUGCUACCGCCAACACACUUGCUGCCAUAUGUGCGGGAGCAAGACAUGUCGAAGUAACAAUCAACGGAAUUGGUGAAAGAAGUGGGAAUGCGGCGCUUGAAGAGGUCGCCAUGGCAUUGAAAUGUCGAGGAGCAUAUGCGAUGGAUGGUGUUUACACAAAUAUAGACACACGCCAGAUUAUGACUACUAGCAAGAUGGUUCAAGAGUAUACCGGCAUGUAUGUUCAAGCACAUAAGCCCAUAGUUGGAGCCAACUGCUUUGUUCAUGAGAGCGGCAUUCACCAGGAUGGAAUAUUGAAAAAUCGGAGUACAUAUGAGAUUUUAUCACCAGAAGAUGUUGGGAUCGUCAAAUCUGAAAAUUCUGGCAUUGUUCUUGGAAAGCUUAGUGGACGGCAUGCCAUUAAAAAUAAGCUGCAAGAGUUGGGAUAUGAUGACCUCGGUGAUGACAAGUUGAAAGACAUCUUCUCGCGAUUCAGAGAAUUAACCAAGGAGAAAAAGAGAAUCACAGACGAUGAUUUGAAGGCACUAGUGGUGUGAGGGGGAAGAUCCAUUUAUAAAGUGGAAAUUCAAGAAGACAACUCAGACAGGAUAAUUAUAAAAGUGCUUGCUUUAGUAAAGAUAUUGCAACUUUGUGUGGUGUUUUAAUUUCUGUAAGUAAGAUAUAUGUGUAGCUUUGUGUUUUGUGUAAGCGAUUGAUCGAUUGUUGAUGUUGAACACGUUGUGUGUUUUUGUAUUACGAGCGAUGAUAUCGUGUGUAUGUAAUAUUGUAGUAUAAGUAUUUUCUGAAAUUAAUAAAAGCUUGAUCCGAGUUUAGUUAUA